CACAGCUGCACCGUCCUCAUCUCAGCCCCCCGCAUCCAUUCCACCAGCGAACAGAGAGCAGAAGAGCACCACACGCUCGCCAUGGACACGUGGCACAUCUUCCUCGGCUCGAUCCUCCUCGCCAUCCCGCUGAUCCUACUCCUCCGCGGCCGCAAGGGCGGCCGGCUCCGCGUCCCGCCCGGCCCGCCGUCCUUGCCGGUGCUGGGCAGCGUCGUGUGGCUGACCAACUCGCCCGCCGACGUUGAGCCCCUGCUCCGGCGCCUCUUCAAGCGCUACGGCCCCAUCGUGUCCCUGCGCGUGGGGUCCCGCCUCUCCAUCUUCGUCGCCGACCGCCGCCUGGCCCACGCGGCGCUCGUUGAGCGCGGCGCCACGCUCGCGGACCGCCCCGCGCUCCCUUCGCUCAAGCUGCUGGGCGAGAACAACAACACCAUCACGCGCGCCAGCUACGGGCCUGUCUGGCGCCUCCUCCGCCGCAACCUCGUCUCCGAGACGCUGCACCCGUCCCGCGUCCGCCUCUUCGCGCCCGCGCGCUCCUGGGUGCGCCGCGUGCUGGCCGAGAAGCUGCGUGAUGAGUCGUCGUCCGGCGGCGCGGCCGUCGUGGAGACGUUCCAGUACGCCAUGUUCUGCCUCCUCGUGCUCAUGUGCUUCGGUGAGCGGCUCGACGAGGCCACGGUCCGCGCGAUCGCCGCCGCCCAGCGCGAACUUCUCAUCUACAGGUCGAGGAAGAUGGCCAUCUUCUCCUUCCUGCCGUCGGUGACCAAGCAUCUCUACCGCGACCGCCUCCAGACGGUGCACGCCAUGCAGCGGAGGAAGAAGGACCUGUUCGUGCCGCUGAUCAACGCUCGGCGGGAGUACAGAAAACUCGGCGGCGAGCCCAAGAAAGAGAGCGCGUUCGAGCACUCCUACGUCGACGCCCUGCUCGACAUAAAGCUCCCCGAGGAGGGAAACCGCCCGCUCACCGACGACGAGAUGAUCAACCUCUGUUCCGAGUUCCUCGACGCCGGGACCGACACCACCUCCACCGGGUUGCAGUGGAUCAUGGCCGAGCUGGUCAAGAACCCGGCCAUCCAGGAGAAGCUCUACGAAGAGAUCAGCGCCACGAAGGGGGACGACCAGGACGAGGUCUCGGAGGAGGACGUCCACAAGAUGCCGUACCUCAAGGCGGUGGUCCUCGAGGGCCUCCGGAAGCACCCACCGGCGCACUUCGUGCUGCCGCACAAGGCGGCGGCGGACAUGGAGAUCGGCGGGUACCUGAUUCCCAAGGGGGCGACGGUGAACUUCAUGGUGGCCGAGAUGAGCAGGGACGAGCGGGAGUGGGAGAAGCCAACGGAGUUCGUGCCGGAGCGGUUCCUGCCAGGCGGCGCGGGCGAAGCGGUGGACGUGACCGGCAACCGGGAGAUCAAGAUGAUGCCGUUCGGCGUGGGCCGGAGGAUCUGCGCCGGGCUGGGCAUCGCCAUGCUCCACCUGGAGUACUUCGUGGCCAACAUGGUGAGGGAGUUCGAGUGGCAGGAGGUCGCCGGCGAGGAGGUGGACUUCGCCGAGAAGAACGAGUUCACCGUCGUCAUGAAGAAGCCGCUGCGCCCACGCCUCGUGCCACGAAGGGCCUGAGACAAAAUCCAUCUCCAUCAGCAAGUAGUCAAAAUCGACCAGUAGUCCACUCCUAUCGCUUCGGUCGUUCUUGUUUUUAGUUUACUCCAUGUUGAUAAUGGUUAAUUAGUUGCUGUACGAUGGAAUAUUACUAGUGCCCCUUUCGAGAAGUUGAGGUGUUUAAAGUA